ACAAGAGCAGGGAGAUACAGUAGAGACAUGKUCAUCUGGAACAGAGCUCCUUCACMACAAAGGAAACAGAACAUUUAACUGGAUUUGUCUUAUUUUGGGGAGUUCUGUCCUGUGCCACCCUAGUGCUGAAAUUAUGGACCACUAUUCAGACCAGGGUUGCGACGGGCUUGAGCUGCUUGAUUUGCUGUUUGAUCAAAACAAUGGCAUCCUCCGUCACGAGGAGAUGGGACACCAUGACAACCAUGCCUGGCCAAUCCACGAGCCAAACGUGUUGCGUCCAGCAGAGCAACAGAGCGAGGACUUCCUGAAUGCCCUCCUGAGUGGCAGUGACUCAGUGUCGGGGUCCCCCCUGUGGUCUCCCUCUCCUAGUGACAGUGGCAUCAGUGAGGACCCRCACUCGGAUCAGAUGGACAGCCCCCAGCGCCCUGAGAGCCCUCACAUGGAGCCCCACUUCAUCCCCCCUCAGCCACAAACCAAGGUUGCCCUGGAUGCCAACUUCUCCAUUGAUAUCAAUGGCUUGGACUCAUGCUUCUACCCAGGCAGGACUGGGGGGACAGAGUGUUCCUCUGAUGUAUGCACAACCCAGCUGUCUUCUGGCUUUCCCCUCACUGUCAAGGACCUACUGCUCUCUGUCACAUCUGAUCCGCCCCCACAGCAUUCCCAACAGUCCUUCCAAGAGUUGAUUCUUAAUGAGAAUGAGAAAAAACUGCUGGCCAAGGAGGGGGUGACUCUGUCUAGCCAACUACCUCUCACAAAGUAUGARGAGAGGAUUCUGAAGAAAAUUCGCAGAAAGAUCCGGAAUAAGCAGUCGGCUCAGGAGAGCAGGAAGAAGAAAAAGGAAUAUAUUGAUGGUCUGGAGAGCAGGAUGGCUGCCUGCAGCACACACAACCAGGAGCUACAGAGGAAAGUGUUCCAGCUGGAGAAAUGCAAUACGUCUCUGAUGGAGCAGCUACACAGGCUGCAGACUCUGGUCAUGGGCGGCUCCAAAAAGACCGCCCAGGCUGGGACUUGUGUCCUGGUACUGCUCCUGUCCUUCUCCAUCAUCCUCUUCCCCAGCCUGAACCCUUUUGCCAAGGUCAGCCAAGGAGGGGACUUCAGCCCAGUGAGGGUCCAGUCACGGUCCCUGCACAACCUCCAGUCCUCCAGAGUGCUGCAUGUGAUUGACCAGCCGUACCAAACUGCAGACGACAAGGCCAAGCCUCCAGACCACCAUGUCCUGGGAGACCAGGGUGUGGAUGAGAUUAUGUCUCUGCUGGGUAAACUGGGCACUGGUCACGACAGCCAAGGACUGCCCAAUUUUGACCCCAUGUCUCAUAAUAAUAGCAUGGACGAGCAAGUCCAUUUCCAGGGAGACCCCAUUACUGGCCAUAUAGCUACAGUAACUUGGAAUCCAUACCGCAGAGCCCCACUACGCCCACAUGCUGAUGACAUGUGAUUUGGAGAGAGUAUUCCCAGCAGGAUUCCUCUGUUCUGCUCCCAUCUCCAGACACUUCAUAUGAUAAAACAGAGUAGCACAUGCCUAAGGCUCUUGUUUACACUAUGAGUUACGGAAUAAUAAAUACAUUAUUUUGCCUGUUAUAGUACAUACAGUGUGUGUGUGUGUAUAUAUAUAUAUAUAUAUAUAUAUCAUUUUUUCCCUGUUUGUUAUUCUGUUUUGUAUUGUUUUAAUUAACUAUGGGAUCGGUGWCCCCCCCACGGGACGGUUGAGCUAACGUGCACUAAUGUGAUUAUCAUGACAUCAUAAGUAACAAGAAAAUAUGUCUUAUAUGRGCAGAAAGCUUAAAUUAUUGUUAAUCUAACUGCACUGUCCAAUUUACG